CCAAUGGAGUUAGUAUUCCUCACUUAUAAACUCAUGAUCACACCCUAAAUUAGUCGAUGUGGGACUUCCAUCAUUCAACAAUGACAAUGAAUUAUUGGGCCAUCCAAUCAAACAAAUACGAAAAUUCAAUUUAAUUUAGUUUGCUCAACCAGCCAACCUAUGGGUGAAGAGUGAAUAAUAUAUGGGGUUUAUUUUCUUUUUUUCCACAUCCCCGUGUGGGGUUGAUAGGAAUGGAGACGAGUAUAGAUUUAAUCCUGGGUUCUUUUACAUGAUUCGGCUGCAUUUCUGCGAGUUUCAAAAAGAACUCAACGACACAGAUGACAGAGUGUUCUUGAUUUAUAUCGCAAACACGAUUGCUGAAACGGGCGCCGACGUGUUUCGUUGGGCCGGCGGGAAAGACAUUCCAUAUUACAGAGAUUACGCUGUGAAUAUGCCUCAUAACAAUGGCGAAAAGAAAGUGAGUCUGUCCGUGAAGCUUCAAGCAAACCCAGAUAACUCGAGAACGAGAUUCAAUAACGUGAUCUUGAAUGGUAUAGAAAUCUUCAAAUUAAAUGAUUCGAGCGGCAACCUCGCCGGCCAAAACCCAGAUCCACCGCCCACUCUGCCUCUUCUACCGCCCACCCCACAAUCAAGGAAAUCAGAUAGAAAAAUGGUGGGUGUUCUAAUCCCUGCAGUGGUUGGAGGUGUGACUGCCACAUUAGCUCUGGGAUUGUUUGUUUUCUGUCGACGCAGAACAUUUUCCGACCAGACCUCGAGCGACGGUACUUCCUGGUGGGCUCCGUAUUCCAUAUCAACAAACAAAUCAAGUAAGACUCGCAACUCAAAUCUCCCAUCUGAUUUAUGUCGUUACUUUUCGUUGGCGGAGAUUAAAUCCGCCACCAAAAACUUUGAUGACAUUUUCAUCAUCGGCGUCGGCGGAUUCGGUAACGUCUACAAAGGAUACGUCGACGACGGAGCCACCCUAGUGGCAAUCAAACGGUUGAAGCCUGGUUCUAAACAAGGAGCACACGAGUUCAAAACAGAGAUCGAGACGCUCUCACAACUUCGUCAUCUCCAUCUCGUCUCACUAAUUGGGUAUUGCAAUGAGGGCAACGAAAUGAUUCUAGUCUACGAUUAUAUGUCUCAUGGUACCCUUCGUAGUCACCUCUACGGCGACGACGAACAACCUCUCACAUGGAACCAGCGCCUCCAGACCUGUAUCGGAUCUGCCAGAGGACUACACUACCUUCAUACUGGUGCCGAACACACCAUCAUCCACCGCGAUGUGAAAACCACAAAUAUCUUACUGGACGACAAAUGGGUUGCUAAGGUUUCUGAUUUUGGAUUGUCCAAAAUCGGGCCAACCAACAUGUCCAACGCACACAUUAGCACAGUAGUCAAAGGUAGCUUCGGUUAUCUCGACCCAGAGUAUUGCCGACGACGACAACUCUCAGAAAAGUCCGAUGUAUAUUCAUUUGGGGUGGUUCUCUGCGAAGUACUCUGCGCUCGCACACCAAUUAUUCAUACAGUCGCCAAUACUCGAGUUCUAUUGACAGAAUGGGUAAAACAAUGCAUUCAUGAGAAGAAAAUUACAGAAAUGGUAGACCCAAUUCUUCGAAACCAAAUUGGAACAGAGUGCUUCAGUAAAUUCGUUCAAGUUAUGGUGAGUUGCAUUCAAGAUGAGGGAAACAAGCGACCAUCGAUGAACGAUGUGGUACGAGGCCUAGAGUAUGCAUAUCAACUACAAGAGAGUUCUAAGGAGGAUAAUGUUGAACUGAGUAGCCUCGACAACGAAGAUGGUUGGCUCUUGAGGGAGGGGAUGUCUAGUAACACUAGUAUAGAAAUGAAUGAGAACUCAAGUAAUGUGUAUAAUAAUGGGAUGUCAGGGAUUGUUUCGAGCCUACAAGCAAGAUAAAUGUCCCUCAAUUCAUUUCAAUGCUCGAAUUGGAUUCAUAUUAUUGACAGUCUAAUACUAUACAUAAAGAUAAUAAGACCCAAAACUUUGGGCUGUCUUUUCCACUUAUGGUCAUUAUACCAGUCCAU